GUUUAACACAUUUAUUGUUAUACUAAUUAUAUCGAAAGUCACAAAAUGUGCUGGUAUAAAAAUGACUGGCGAGUCUACAAUGAUGGCCCCAUGUGGUCCGGGUUAUUUUUUAUGUAAUAACUCAACCAUUUGUUUGAAACGUGAUUUCCAAUGUAAUAACAAUAAGGACUGUCCCGACGGAUCUGAUGAACUCAAUUGYGAAGAUGAACACAAGAAACGGUUUUACAAUGAAUUAUUUCGUAAGCGACCGGACGAGGACCGGGAGAAACGCAAACAAGAGGGCUGUCAACUCAAUUACAUUCCCGAUGUCUGCAACUGUUCGACUUGGAGUCUGUUCUGUGAACACCAGAAUCUAAUUCGGGUGCCGCCAGACCUGCCAUCAGAUAUCAAAGAUCUUGAUUUAUCGGGAAAUAAUUUAACGCAGUUGUCGGCAAAAAGUUUUCCCAAGACAUACACAAAUUUAAGCCGAUUAAUCCUAACGGCCGCUGAUAUUAUGUCUAUUGAGAGGAAGGCCUUUCAUAAUAUGAAACGUUUACAAUAUCUCUACUUAAGUGGCAAUAAGUUAUCAGCGAUCAGAAGCAAGACUUUUCAUUAUAACAGUGCACUCGAGCUCUUAGUAUUAUCGCAUAAUCCCAUCAAUAAUUUGGAGUCAAAAUCAUUUGAAGGCUUAACUAAUUUAACGGAACUUGAUUUAAGAGAUUGUCGUUUAAAAGAUUUGCCGCAACAGAUAUUUGAUCCGUUAAGGAGUUUAACAAUUUUAUGGUUAGACGGAAAUCAAUUGAAUGUCUUAUUAAAUGAUGUUUUCUCGAGUCUACCAUAUUUGGAGACAUUGUCAUUAUCUCGCAAUCAAAUACAAUACGUCGAUUCCGACACAUUUUGGGGACUCAAUUCACUCCGAUCUCUAUCAUUGGCAUCCAAUUCACUUACAUAUAUUGGAGACACUUGUUUUGGUGAAUUGAAUUCACUGUUAAAACUUGAUUUAAGUAAUAAUCAAAUACAUACAUUUGGACCAAACUCAUUUAUUUAUUUGAAUGUCAUUGAAUCGCUUGAUCUCCGUAAAAAUCCAUUUCGUAAAUUUCCCACCGGAAUAUUCAACAAUUUGACAACUUUAACACAUAUCUAUUUUGAUGACUUCAAGUUGUGCUCGUAUGCUAUGCACGUGCGGAUAUGCGAGCCCAGGGGUGAUGGUAUCAGCAGCUUUCAGCACCUAUUAGACAAUGUUAUACUCCGUGUUAGCGUAUGGAUUGUGGCACUGGUAGCCUGUGUGGGCAAUCUAUUUGUUUUAAUUGGCCGAAUGAUGAUGCAUGAAAUGAACGAAGUGCACUCGUUUUUCAUCAAAAACCUGGCACUGGCCGAUCUAGUUAUGAGUGUCUAUCUAUUCAUAAUAGCUUAUUAUGACAAUCUAUUUCGUGGCGAAUAUAUUAGACAUGAGGAGCGGUGGAGAGGCAGUUGGCAGUGCAUACUGUGCGGCCUUCUCAGUACAAUCAGUAGUGAGGCCUCGGUGUUCACCCUAACCAUCAUUACUAUUGAUAGAUACCUAUCAGUGCUCUACCCGUUUAGUCUCAAACGUCGUACUAAAUUGUUUGCUAUGUUGACAAUGACCGGCGUCUGGUUAUUAUCCAUACUGUUAGCAAUCGUACCAUUGCUUGAUUACGAUAUUUUUGGCACAGAGUUUUAUACGAGUAAUGGUGUUUGUCUGGCCCUACAAAUCCAUGACCCCUACAGUAAGGGAUGGGAAUAUUCAAUGUUCUUGUUUUGUGGCAUUAAUUCAGUGGCAUUUGCUUUCAUAACUUACGCCUACAUCAGUAUGUCGUCGACUAUUACCUCAUCGGCGGUCGGACUCCGGACUACACAACAAAAACAGGACAGAAAUAUAGCCAAACGGUGCGGUUUUAUUGUGGCUACAGAUUGUUUGUGUUGGAUGCCUAUAGUAGUAAUUAAAGUAUUGGCACUGGCAGGAGUUCCCAUAAACGAUUCAUUAUAUGCUGUGAUCGCUAUAUUUUUACUUCCUGUCAAUUCAGCUCUGAAUCCCGUACUCUACACACUGACCACCAAAUUAUUCAAACAGCACUUCUCAAAAAUCAUGACAUAUAGCCUACAUCUGCACCGAAGCGGAUCGGCCGGAGACCAACAUUCGGGUACUUCCUAUUCUACGAUUAUAACACAUUCAAGAAAUACCUGCAAACGGUCAGUGCUGACCAUCUCCUCUGAAACCGAACCGGAUGUGGUGAGCGACCGGUCGCCGCGCUUUACUACAGUCCAGACGCCAGAGAUGUUUGCAUUGAUGCCAAUCAAGAGAUUAAACUCACAGGAAAGCAAACCAAUGGACAGUUUGCUGUAA